GAUUUGGUGAAAAUGGACUACCCGGGCACUGGAGUCAAGCAACCGGAGGUCUCUAUCGACUUAAAUGGCUUCUACUCGUCGAAUUUCGAGCAAUUUGAGCACCCGGACCAGUCAUCUAACGCGCCAAGUACGAAAAAUCUGAAUUUUUCGAGCCUUUCGGGCGCAUUAAUUUGAAAUUCCGGCUUAAUUUCAAGCCCGACUGGGCAAAUUUCAGCUCAGGCUUAUCGUCGUACUAAUGCUGGAGCCGCUGGAAAAUUUAUUUGGGAAUAGCGGAUUUGGGUGGCUUUUGGAGGUCAAUGAGGAGGACAGUGACCAGAUUCCACUGCUCGAAGAACUGGACAUUGACCUAACCGACAUUUACUACAAAAUCCGUUGUGUGCUCCAUCCGCUGCCAUAUUUCCGAAUGAAGCUCAAUAUUGUACGAGAAUCGAUUUUAUCGCUUUAGGACAAUUUGGGGUGCGGGAAUUCACAGAAAAGCUGGAAAAUUACACGAAAAAUGAGAUUUUCAGCAGAAAAAUUUGGGAAAAAACGGAGGAAAUUGAGGGUUUUCUCAAAAAUUUCAGUUUUUUAAAAUUUUCUACUUCAAAAACUGCCCUAAACAUAAUUAACAAUUCUCUUUUCUUGACUAUCAAUCAAUCAACACAAAAACCAACCAACUCUCUUCCCAUCGACGUGUGAUCCAAUCCAUCCCCGUUUCUGUAGUUAUUUUCCAUAUCGAACACCUCAUUGUCUGUCCUAU